AUGGAUGACAUUACACUGUUUUGUCUUGUUCAAGGAAAUGCAGUUGCUCAAGCUUUUCCCUUAAGAGUUAAGGUGACAUUUUUGAAUGAGAAAGGAAAUGUAGAAUAUUUAGGCAAAGAUUAUAUUUAUAAAGCAACGUUACGUGAAGAUUGUCUUUGUACCAAAGAUGGAAAAUAUUGUUUAUUUAUAGAAUUUAUACGAGUAGCAAGAGGAUUAAAACCAAAUGAAAUACCUACCUUUUAUGAUUUUCACAGCUUAAUAAUCAAUGGUAUGACUUAUUGGGAAGUUUGCGAUAAGAUCUAUAAAUUUAUUUCUUAUAAAAAUGAAGAUAAUCUUUUUAUCGAUCAUUUAUCAAUUCUUUGGAGUGAUGAUUUUGAGAAAUGUUUACGCCAGUUGUACACGAAGGAAGACAUUGUGGCAUAUUUUGGGGCUGAAGUCUCAAAGAUGAUGAUACAACUUGGUCAAAAGAAGAAGGACAACGAACUGGGGCAAUCUUUUCGUAAAAUACAUUAUAAUUUGGUCGGAAUAAGCACCAGUUAUAAGCAAACUCAAGGUGAGUUUACCGAAGUCCCUUGCCAUUAUACUAUAUGUUCACCAGAAAGGUAUUUUGCGCCGUGGGAGAACGUUAAGUUAGGGUCAAGUAUAGAAAUAAUUGAAUCUCAAGGAACGGCUGGAACCCUCAGUGCUGUCGUGAGUGAUAAACACUUGGAAUGGAUAGAUCUAGAUGAUUUGAAACAGUCAUUUGGUCGAAUUGCGAGUGAAGAUGAAGCAUACAGAGAAAUCUCUGAAAAAAUGUGUCAUGUAAUUGAUGGACACAGGCAGAACUCAGCUCUGGCUCGUUAUGAGCGUGAGAUUCCCCCCUAUAGUAACAAUGUUAGUGAAGGAAUAUUCGAAGACACUGUUAAUCCAAGAAAUGAAUGA